AUGUUGAAAACAUUUAGGCCAAACAAGACUUAUUUUUAUUAUAUUCCCCGUAACAGUUUUAAAAUUCUUAGCUAUAGAAAACAAUGGUACAAGAAAGACGACAACGCUUUACCUUCUCUCUGCGUCCUCCAAACGAUUAGUAAACUACUUCCGGACUACUUGUCACAUGAUCCAGAGAAAAAGAAAGCCGCGAAAAACGUAUGGUGGAAUGAAAGCGAGGCUCUUCAGAAGAUCCUAAUAGAUAUAUCUCAAAAAGAGCUAGGAGAACAGGAAGCCAUGAAAUAUAUCAUAUCAAUAACACAUCUAGAGGUCCUGAAAGGUGUUCUAGAGUGCAGCAACACGAACAACCAGUGUCUUUGGUUCAAACGCACUAUAAAGAACAUAGAAAAUGUGGAGCCUAGUUGGCAACUGUCCAGAUAUAUCGAAUGCUUGGGUCAGGAAAAGAAAUGGCAGAAUUCUCGUAGACUUUUAAACAACCUUAAACAAAAGAUGAUGGAUUCACUGCCUUCAGACAACAUUCAUGAAUACAUCAUCCCAUGGACAGAGAAAGGUGUAGACCCUUCUCUACCUGAACAUAUGCAAUACCUGCAACAAAUAAAUGAAGAUUUUGAACGUCACAUGAUGACGAUGAUUGAUAAAGCUAUUGUGGAACGCGAACAAGAGAGCAAACGAGAGCCGUUGCUAGAAGAAUGUCUUCAGCACCUUGAAUUCUGUCGCAAGAAAUCGCAAGCUUUUGGGCGUGUUGAAGACUUGCAGAAAAUUAAAAGCUACUUACAAGGACCUAGUAAAUGUCCAUUUAUUGUUCAUGCAACCUCUGGAUCUGGGAAGACAACACUCAUGGCUAUGGCAGCUUCACGAACGAAAUCUUGGCUAUCAGAGAAGGUGUCGGUAAUCAUGAGGUUUGUUGGAACCACAUAUGAAAGCACGGACAUCAUUCCAUUUCUACAAAUCUUAGCACAACAAAUUAAAGAAGCAAAGGGACAAUACGCUUACAAGGCAGAGGGUGACAUUAAGCACAUACUGUCUGAUUUUCAAACAAGUCUCCAGGGCGUCUCUCCAGACAAACCGAUCGUAUUGUAUAUUGACGCAUUAGACCAGUUCAAUGCGUCAAAUGGUGCAAGGGAGUUGUUUUGGCUGCCGAAAAUUCUUCCGGACAACGUCAAACUAGUUGUAUCCACUCUAGAAGACCCAAAAUAUGAGUGUUUCCGAAAGUUGAAGGUUAUCGUAAAGGAGGACACCAACAUUUUACAACUCAGGCCCUUCACUAAAGAUGAUGUCCAUCAAAUAAUCAACGGCUGGUUAGAAAAUGACAACAGAACAUUAACAUCCGAUCAGCGGCUUGUCUUGGUUUCAGCUUUUAAUGAAUGUCCUCUAGCAUUGUUCCUGAAACUCUCAUACGACACAGCUAGUACCUGGGCAUCAUACUACUCGGUUGAUCAAACCAGCUUGGAGAAAACUGUUCGUGCAAGUAUCAAUAAACUGUUCCAGAGAUUGGAGGUUCUGCACGGAAAGUUAUUGACUUCCAAGGCUUUUGGGUAUCUAACUGCUGCCAAGAUUGGACUCUCGGAAGCAGAAUUGGAAGACAUUUUGUCAUGUGAUGAUGACGUAUUAAAUGACGUGUAUAUGUACUGGACACCCCCUGUCCGUCGUUUACCUCCAUUGCUUCUGGUCAGACUAAAGGCUUCUUUGGAAGACAAACAUUAUCUAGUUGAGAGAGGGGUCGACGGUUUACUAGUGAUGUAUUGGUACCACAGACAGUUCUCUGAGGCUGCAUAUGACCGUUACUGUGGUGAUACAGACAUCCGCCAAAACAUUCAUGCCGGGUUGGCAGACUUUUUCAGUGGAACUUGGGCUCAAGGUAAAAAGAAGCCUUACACAGACCGCCAGGGUAUUUCUGAUUCAGCAGAUAGACAGGUUGCAGAGCAGCCAUUUCAAAAUGGCGACCGCUAUAACACUCGAAAACUGAAGAACCUGGCAUACCAUAGAAUUAUGUCUGGAGAUUUGCACAAAACCAAACAAGAGUGCCUUUGUAACUUUUAUUUCUUGUUACAUAGGCUUAAGGGGACUUCUAUUAGGCAGCUUUUAGAGGACUUUGAAAUUGCUGUUGACGUUUUUCCGUCCGACAAAGCAAUAAACCAAAUACUCUACACACUGAGACUCUCUGAAAGUGCCCUGCUGCAAGAUGGCGAUUCCUUGGUGUCUCAAAUAUUGGGGCGUCUUCCGUGUAUUGAGGAAACGGAAGAGUUUCUUCAGCAAUGUAAAGACUCGGGUGUAACGUAUAUUAAAACCAAUAGGCAUGUUCUGAGGCGGCCAGGAGGACAGCUUAAGUACGCUCUUCAUGGUGACGAUCAAGAUGUUUUGCAUCUAGACAUGACACAGGAUGGCAAAACAGUAGUCACAAGUGCUACCAGUAAUAUCGUCAAGCUCUGGGAUGUCCUCAAAGGGAAACUCAUACGAAAUAUAGAGGACCUGGACAAUUUGGUCAGAAAUGUCAAUUUUAUUAACAACGACACCGGUAUUCUGGUCAGAACAUCAAAGAAACUGAUCACUCUGACCAUUUUCGGCGAUAUUCUGUAUGCCAUUCCUAUAGAACAACUUUAUUCAUUGUACGCCAUUGGAGGGGUUGGGAAGACAAUUUUGUGUUUGUACAGAGAUGACUGUCUUCAGUUUUAUGAUCUAUGUAAUGGUAGUUUGACACAUUCUACGACAACACAAGGAACCAUUCUUACCGACCCAAAUGGAUACAACAAUAACGAUUUUAAGUACAGUUUUAGGCUUGCAGUCAACUACGGGACGGACAUAUUCAUUGCUUUAAUUGACAAUAGUAGAAAACUGUUCACUCUGGUGGAUUUAGAGUCUAAAACAGCAUCGAAGUUUUCUCGCGUAUUUCAAGACAACGAAGAAGAAGAGUCUUCAGAAAUAGAUGCCAUUGCCAUCACAAGGGAUAACAAAUACGUUAUUGUUGCUUCAAUGGCACAAACUGAUCUUAUUCUCUAUGACACAAAGACGUUAGAAAAAGUACGAGUCAUCCCAGGGAACAAAAAUCUUAUUUAUGAGAAGUUUAAGAUAUCCAAUGACGGGAAGUACCUUUAUUGUCCAUGUAAGCAAUUUGUGCUUAUUUACAACCUGGAAACAUGGGAAAGAACUGUAAUAUUCCGACAUUCAUUUGAAGUUAUAAAUGUUUGUUCUGUGGACAUGAAGACAUUUGUUACAAUAUGUGGUGACUAUGGUCUCUGGAUCUGGAAUAAGGAUGGUGAAGAAGAUAGGAACCAGAUGGACGGCUUUAUCGGAACAACUGUCAGUUAUUUGUCGCACAUACCAAAUAGCUACUACGUGGUUACUUUAACGAGUCACAGAAAUGACCAUUACAUACAGGUGCACGAUGUAGUGAAGAAAAUCAAAGUUCGACAAUCCAAAAUACACAAAGACCAGAAGGUUGGUGGACUAAAAACGGAAAGAUAUUGUAACUAG